CGAUGAACUCGCAUUGUUCAGGGUGUCCGGUUCCAACCCUGACACGCCUCUGUAAUCACAUGAUAGGAGAAUGGGAGAAGGACUUCUCUCUUGAAUUAUGGCGACAGCAACUAUCUGUGGGACUCGGGCUGAGCUGUUGUGUCAAAGUGACAAGUCGAGGAGCCGCACCGCGAACGCACAAGAAGGCGAAGAAGUGCGGAAAGUGGAACUUUGAUCGGACUCUCGCAUCUGCGCUGAUCCAUUUACCAGUAGCACGACUGCCAGUCAGAAAAGGCUGAGCAUCCUGGAACAUCUUGUAGCAUACUUAAUGAAUUAAAGUUUUAAAAUGUCAUCAGACGCUAGCCAUAUGCUGGAGGCUGCCUUGGAACAAAUGGAUGAUAUUAUUGCAGGUUCCAAGGCUGUAACAGAAUAUACCAACAGCAUGUUCGAUAUUGGUUCACCAGGGUACUUAGGCUCCUUGCAAGUCUUGCAGCUUGUGGAAGAACUGAAAAUGGCUUUGCAAUUUCUGUCCAAUGGAGAGGAAAAGGAGUCUUUAAGAGAUCAAAUUCCAGAGGCUACCAUUCUGUAUUUAACUAAAUGGUUAGAAAGAGGCACGGUACAUCUUCGCUCACCUGUAAACAAUGAAACCUACCAAGAGCGACUGUCACGUUUAGAAGGGGAUAAGGAGUCACUGGUACUGCAGGUUAGUGUAUUAACCGACCAGGUAGAGGCUCAAGGAGAGAAGAUAAGAGACUUGGAGAGCUCUCUGGAGGAACACCACCACAAGCUUAACUCAACAGAAGAAAUGCUCCAACAGGAACUGCUGAGCAGGACAUCUCUUGAAACACAGAAACUGGAUCUCAUUGAUGAAGUUUCAAACCUCAAGCUGAAGUUAGUUGGCAUGGAAAAGGAACAGCGUGAUUGUGAACACAAACAGCACAAGGCUGAGUCUGUGGUAAACCUGAUUAGUGAACUACAGGAGCAGAUGUGUAGAUUUCAGCAGGAGAUCAAUAUCCGAAUCCUGGAAAAAAAUGCGCAGGAACACAGACCUGCUGAAUGUAAAGAUAAGGAGCUACAGCAAGACACAAAUCCCACCCUGAGUGUUUCUAGUUAUGGACUGCAUUGUUACUGUGGUGGGGAGAAAGGUUUACUGCAAGAACUGAAGAUGCUGAAAAAUAAAGUUGAAGAGCUAGAGGGGGAAAAGUCACAAUAUGAACGGAAACUCAAAGCCACUAAGGCUGAAAUAAUGAAUCUUCAGCAGCAGUUAGAAACAAAAGAUGCUGAAAUUGAAAGUCUGCGAAAUCAGAUGGCACUCAGAGCCCCUAUACAAAGUGACAGUACAGAGAGAGAGGAGGUUUAUAGGAGAAGGCUGAAAGAAAAACAUCAAGAAUUGCAACGACUGAAAAUUGGAAUGGAGACUUUGCUGACCGCUAAUGAGGAAAAGGACCGUCGAAUUGAAGAACUCACAUUACUGCUAAAUCAAUAUAGAAAGAUAAAAGAUGGUCCAACAUCAGGCAUUUGUGAGCGGAUACCAUCAGACAGCAGUGAAGAGCUCAAUGGAACUGGAAAAAUAAGGAAUCCAGUUUAUAAAGUUCAGCCACAAAUAAUCAGAACAGAGACACCACCUAGGGGGCCAUCACCAUCUUUAGUUUCUCCUUCUUCAGUAGAAAAGGAGGUGGACAGCAGGACACAACAGAAGAUGUUAUCCAGUAGUCUAGAAGAUCUACAAAGUGGAUCACUGCCGAAGCAUGUAGUUGGCGAACCAGUAGAACCAGUUGUAUCACCAGAGAACAAAACUUUUUUUGAAAAUAAUAAAUAUCAGACACUUCCAGGGAAAUUCUCUCGAGUUAAUCAGAACGGAGACAGUGAAAAACUGAAGUCCCCAAAUUUCCAAAGAAUAAAAGAUGGUGCAGAAGAAAAUGAUUUUAGCCUAAAUAUAGAACAUGGAUGGAUAGAUCGCAGCAGGAGUGCCAGUGCUCCAGCAUUAGGCAAAACAGAAAAACUGGAUGACUCAACACCAAGUCCCUCUGACCUUUCACCCCGCUCCUCUGGGGUUGACUCUGGACCGCAGUCACCAGGCUCUCCAGAGAACAAGAAGAGUCCUAAGGGGAUCAAAAAAUUUUGGGGCAAAAUUAAAAGAACUCAGUCAGGUAACCUUAAUGCUGAUGAUUUGGGCCCUUCUGAAUUCCGAAGAGGUGGAUUGCGUGCAACAGCAGGACCACGACUUGCAAGGACUACAGACUCUGAAAGCAAUAUCAGUGACUAUACAGCUCCUUUUUCCCAGUGGAAGAAUGAACAGGUCUGUAGCUGGUUGGAAGAAUUUGGUCUGGGUCAUUAUGUGAAUCUGACGAGACAGUGGGUAAAGACUGGACACACACUGCUGACAGCCACUCCUCAAGAUAUGGAAAGGGAAAUGGGAAUUAAGCAUCCCCUGCACAGAAAGAAACUUCAGCUGGCUGUUAGAUCAUUUAAUAUGAAACUGAACGAAAAAUCAGCAGCACUGGAUCAUAUAUGGGUGACUCGAUGGCUGGAUGAUAUAGGUCUCCCUCAGUACAAAGAUCAGUUCAAUGAAGCAAGAGUUGAUGGAAGGAUGCUUCAGUAUUUGACUGUGAAUGACCUUCUUUUUCUUAAAGUUACCAGUCAGCUCCAUCAUCUCAGUAUUAAAUGUGCUAUUCAUGUGCUCCAUGUUAACCAGUUCAAUCCAAAUUGCCUGCGGCGCAGACCAGGAGAUGAGCACAACACAACUCCUUCUGAAGUGGUACAAUGGUCCAAUCAUAGAGUAAUGGAAUGGCUGCGUUCUGUGGAUUUGGCAGAGUAUGCACCAAAUCUCCGAGGUAGUGGCGUGCAUGGUGGGCUCAUUAUUUUAGAGCCUCGCUUCAAUUCUGAUACAAUGGCAAUGCUUUUAAACAUUCCACCCCAGAAGACGCUUUUGAGAAGACACUUGACUACCAACUUCAACACCUUAAUUGGUUUAGAAGCACAGCAAGAAAAAAGAGAGUUCAUGGAAUCUUCCACAUACACAUCUCUGACAACUACUGCAAAAGUCCGGCCAAAGAAACUUGGAUUUUCAAACUUUGGACAUUUAAGAAAGAAAAAGUUGGAUGAUUCUGUUGAUUAUAUUUGCCCAAUGGACAGAGGCCAUCCUGCAAUAAAUGGAACCCAAGACUCCUAUGGAGGAGUCAGAGGACUUAGUCCAAUCUUUGACAAGGACUUGGAUGAACUGGUUCAGAUAGAGGUUACAGAAGGGACAAUGAAACAAAUUGGUGUACUCUCUGAUGGCAUCAGUAACCUUACGUAUAUGUUAAGCCACGAUGAGUUUCUGAAGGACAUCAGACGAGGUGAUGCUGCAACACUUUAAGAAGAAAACGCCUUCUAACUUGCUGAUUGACCAAGUAAACAACCACCAUACCUCUGCUUUAUUAAGGAAACAGUUAAAGAGCUUUUGCAAAAAAGGCAAAUGUUUCUAAAUUAAAGCCCUGUAAGAUGGUGUAAAUGAUUUAAUUUGC